AUGUCAGCUCAAGAUUACUACGGCGGUGGCGGCAACUCUGGCUACGGCCAGCAGCAGCAGCAGGGCUAUGGCCAGCAGGGCGGCUAUCCCCAACAGCAAAACUACGCCCAACCUCAGUAUGCCCAGCAGCAACAAGGCUAUGGCCAGCAGGGUGGUUAUCCCCAGCAGCAACAAUAUUCCCAGCCUCAGCAGGGCUACGGUGCCCCCUCUCCCGCUCCCGGAGGUUAUCAGCAGCAGCCUCAGUACGCCUCGCACUCUCCUCAGCCCGGCUACGGUUCUCCCCAUCCUCCUCCCGGCCAGCAGGGCUACGGCCAGCAACCCAACUAUGACCAGCGAGGCACUUCCCCAUACCCUCAACAGCAUGGCCAACCCGGCUCCCAGUACGGCGCUCCUGCUUAUCCCGGCGGCGGUGCUCCAGGCCAAUAUCCUCCCGGCCAACCCGGCCCUGACGGCGACCGUGGUCUCGGCGCUACUCUUGUCGGUGGAGGAGCUGCAGCUUGGGCUGCUCACAGCGCCGGCGGCGGAUUCCUCGGCAGCCUGGGUGCUGCCGCUGCAGGUGCCAUUGGCGCCAACGUGCUAGAGAACAAGUUCAAGAAGCACAAGAAGAACAAGAAGAACAAGAAGCACGGAACUCGCGGCAUCGAUGGAAACUCUAGCAGCAGCAGCGACUCUGACUAA